ACCCACACCCACAUUCGGUGCUUUUGAUCAACGUCCCUGUCUCCACAAAGCCCUAUAGCAUCACCACACCCUCGUGCUCGCAUACCAAACACGCCCCUCGUCAACCAAUGCAUUGCUGCCUGCUGUCUACCAAACACUCCCUCGGUCUGCCCUUUUGCAACAAGAGUCUGCAGCUAGCGCCAACCAUUCGACACCUGUGCCUGGCCGAAUCAAAGGCCAAAACAUCCCUCGAGCCCCCUCAUUGGCCAAGCCCCAGCGCCUGCAACUUGUCGUCCCACAGAAAAGCUCUCCUAGCCACAGCAAACUCAAAUGCUCACAACCCUGCCAAUUCCACACACGCUGCCUGUGCCUGCAAUCCCCAUGCAGUGGCUGUCGAUCACCGGUACAGUCCGAAGCUGCCCUCGAUCAUCCCGUCGGCCUCCACCCACUGCAACCUGCCGCACCCACCCGCGUGCCGCUGAGACAAACGCUUCGAGCAGUCCUGCAGUCAGCAACACCCUCGACCCCUCGACCCCUCGUCCCCUCUUCUCCUCUCUUCCCGCAAUCUUAUUCCCGAUUCCACGUUUUCCAUUGGCGCUAAUGACGUAUCCCGUUUCCCAACUAAGAAAACAUGGCUAGUCAGGAGCCGGUCUGAAACUUUGGCCGUAACAGAAAGAAAGCAUCUAGAAACUUCCUUGCAUCUAGCGCAUGGAACGGCUCUUCCGCCUCCCGACUACACAUAGAUAGCCACCACCCACCCAAAUAACACCCAAACUCGCCCCUUGAGGCGGCGCCUUUGCUACCGCCACUGCAAUCCCCACGACACAUGUGGCGCCAGGCAUGAGCAAACAACCAUAAGUAUACAAAUUAGUAGUGGUAGUAGUAGUAGUAGUAGUAGUAGUAGUAGUAGUAGUAGUAGUAGUAGU